GGGGGGGGGGGGAGGGAAAAGAGGGUCGGGUGUACUCUUGUGGUUUAACAAAGAAAGACAGUUAAACACUACCGUCUCCCCCCGAACAUAACGCACCCUGAAAAUGAACGUAUACAAGGUGUCCUGCCAAGCGUUGGGUUCGGCCAAGUACGGCGGGCGAGUUCUCGGGGUUGACUUGCAAGCCGUGGCCAAACGAUUGCCGUUCUGUGACGGCCGUGUGCAGACGAUCCGCGCAGAUGCGUUUGACAUCACAGCAGCACACCUCCUGCGCAUCUCGCCGAACGGAUUCAAUGCUGUGCUUUCGGAUAUGUGCCCCUCCACAUCAGGAGCUUCUUCUGCGGACGUGGCAAGGUCUCUAAGCCUUGCUGCGAUCGCCUUUCAGCUUGCAGUAGGAUCGCAGAAGGGCUUGCCAAUUGACGGCGACACAGUUAAAGCGCAACCUGGAGGAGGAGGCAAUGCUGCAGACACAACCAGUGUUGGAUUAAAUGACAGGGAUGCAUUUAGUAACAGGGCUAUUAUUAGAUUUAAUAACAAGGGUGGAUUUGACAAGAGGGGUGGGUUUGAUGACAGGGCUGGAUUUGAUUACAGGGGUGGAUCUGAGAAGAGGGCUGGGUGUGAUGACAGGGGAAGCUCGGCGGAUACAGCAAAGGGCUCCUGCAGGGAAUUUGACUCUGGGGUGCUGGAGGGAGAAUUUCAUGAUGAUGAAUGUAGUAGCGAUAGGGGGGUGCUGGUACCAAAAGGGCAUAUGGUCAUAAAGCUUCUUGAAGGAUCUGGCACGCGAGAGUUUGGAAGACUGUGUCGAGGGGUUUUCAAUUCGAUCACAUGGGUGAGACCGGCAGCUACACGCUCAGCCUCCAGGGAGGUUUACUUGGUAGCAAAAGGGCGGAAGUGGUUGAGAUUGGUGGCCAUGAGUCUGAGUGUCGGGCUGUCUGGUUUCGACAAGCAGCAGUACCUACCGGCGGUGAAGAGCCUUUUGGAAGAUCCACUAUUACAAGAUGUGUCCAAGAAGCCGUCUCUGAAGGAAGUAGAAACGUUGAUCGCUAUGGAUCUUGGAAAUGCGAUGCGGCUCACGAUAAAUCGACUGGAUGGAACGUCGUUUGAAGUGAUGGUCUUGGAUAAUGCGACUGUCGGGGAUCUGAAGAUGGCCAUCGAGAAAGCAUUCAGGGACAACAAGACGCUGAGUAGUCGGCAAUGUCGGAUCUCAUGGCGAUAUCUGUGGGGUCAUUACUGCCUUUCAGCAGACGGGCAGCGAUUGCUAGAUGACAAGGCACCGCUCCAUAGAUUUGGAAUAACAAAUAUGGCACUCCUUCAGUUUGCGCACCAUAUCUCCGGCAAGGGGGGAGGGAAACACUCGCGACCAAGGAAGAGGCGGUUCUUUCGUCGGAAUGAGGCCGGAGAUUGUCGACGGCACGGAAAUCUCCCAACAGCAGCUGGAAAGCCUGAUGACGCUCGGGUCGGGGAUUCCCAAGCACGUGAGGGUGAGGGACAUCCCGUGGGGGAGUGCGAUGUGAUGAUGAAGCACAGCACAGCUGGAAAGCAGAGCAAAAGGUGAAUGUAUGACGGCAAAGCACAACGGCUGGAGAAGCAGAGAGGGAAAGAGUAGUAGGACGGAGAAGCACAGCUGGAACACAGAGCAAGAAGAUUGAGAGGGCGAGAGGGGCGAGAUGUGGUGGGACGGCAGGCAAAAGGUCUUCUUUUGCUCCUGGAAGCGUGUUUAGAGAAGUCUGCAUUGGCUCUGCAUAGCUAAGGAGAGCACAGCUUUGGUGCCGUGUAGUCCCUUUGUGACAUUAUACAAGAUGACAUCAUUCGCUGAUCUCCGCCGACAGGGGCCUGUGUUUAUUCUUACGCUGAAAGGCACUGAUGAGCACAGGCUGAACCCCGACACGAUGCAGCUUAUCAAUAAAGCACUGGAUGAAGU